GUCGGUACAUGAUGAUCAUCUAACCUAAAUGUGCAUGUCUGAUGCACUAGAAAUAGUUAACAAUAACAUCUUUUAUUUUAGCGUCAUUUUACAGAAUAAUGACAAUGCUGCAGUUUAGUGCAACUCUUUAUACCGCAACUGCUAGGCUUACAUCUCGCUCGUCUUGGCGUUUCACUGCACUCAUAGCCAAUAACUCCAGUACAGCAAUAAGCAAUGAGCAUUCCGCUGCCUCUACGAAGGAAGAUGAUGCUACCAAAUUCUCAGAAAUACAAAAUAUCUCACAGGAAAAAGGACAGAAGUCCAAAAGUACGGAAAUCCAGACAAAGCUGGAAAAGAAAUUGUUCAGUGAAAAUGAUACAAUAUUUUUCAAACAAUUUCAAGCAGCCAAGUCGAUAAAUGACUUAUUAGAUCUGGCAAUGCUGCCACAUCUAUCCACGAACAAUGCUUUGAAGCUUAUAUCAAGUGUAACUAAUCAGAUAAAUAGCGGAAAAUCGCAGAUAAUUGACAUUGAAGCUGAUGAAAGAUUUAUUCAUCUCAGAAAGAUAGUUAAAAUUGGUAAUGAGAUAAAAACAUCAAAUGAUAAUCUCUCACAAUACUCUCAGUUAUCCACACCGACAAUGAUUGAGAUGAUAGCAACAUUGAGGGAACAAGGAAAUAGACAUACACCACUAUUAAGGAUGCUGUCAUACAAUAUUGUUAAAUAUAACACAAAAUUAACUAUGAAGCAAAGUGCAACUCUAUUAUAUAGCAUGGCUGUAUUAAAUUUUCCAGAUAAGGUCCUGUUGGAAAAAAUCACAUCUGACUUAUUGAAAUGUAUACCAAAAAGUACUAAUGCUAUUACAAAUACAUUCAUAAUAACAUCACUGGGAUUUCUGCGUUACAAAAAUGAGGAUGUACUCAAUGCAUUCUGUGAUACACUCUUCAAGAAAUCAAUCAAUUAUAAAUUUCUUAAUUAUUCGUCGAUACUACAAACGUUUGCAGCUCUACAGUUUAAAUCAGAGAAAGCAAGUACGUUUAUCAAGAGUUUUACUGAACAAUCAGACCCAUCUUGUGUAUCUGCAUCUGAAUGGUUGGAUAUUGCUUGGUCCUUAGCAGUUUUAGAUGCAGCAUCACCUCAACAUAUUAAAUUUAUACUAGAUCCUACAUUUAUGGAAAAUUUAAUUGGCUCUUCUAAGUUAAAUAUUUCAAAAAAAUUGAAAUUAUUAAAUAUUAAUGCUGUUGCACAAUUUGUGCUGAAAGAUUAUGAAGGACCCUUUUUGGAUAAAGAUUCAGAAAUUUUUAAGACACCUUUAAUUAGAUCGAAAGAAAAACAAGUAUAUAUAAAUGCAUUAACAGAGACAUUAACAAAGCUAUUGCCAUCCUCUUCUUAUUUCAAAAUAAAUUGUAAUACAAACAUGGGUUUUUUAUUAGAUGCAGAAUAUCGUAUAAAUGAUCAGCAUAAGCUUAUAAAAGUUGAAGAUUGGAAUGAACAAUCCGAGAAUGUAAAAAGGAUAGCAGUAUUGGUAUAUGAUUACCACGAUUAUUGUCGAGGACAGGAUGACCUCAUAGGAUCAACUUAUUUAUACACUCAAUUAUUAAAAGCUAGAGGCUACAACAUUGUAACAAUUCCCUAUAAAAAUUUUAGUAUACAGGAUACAAUCGACAAACGGGUCAAUUACUUGACACAAUGUAUAAAAAAUGUACAGGAAACGAAAUUUGCAUAGUGCAGUAUUGAUCCU